AUGGAUCUAGGUAUGGGCAUUGAGUCGUUCAUAGGUACUGCUGCAGCAGCUAUCGCUGGAGGGGCGACUGUGGCAGCCUAUCUCAAUGCCAAAUUCCAUCUCCAAAAAGAUGUAUCCACUCUGCGAAGUAUGAGAAAGGGUGAUCGCAACUAUGUACGAGCUUGUAAGUGUGUGGAAACUCCAGGAAAAACGCAUGAACACUCAUCAUUCCCAGUUGAAAGAGGACGCGGAAAUCCAUGGUUUGUGUUCAUGGAGACCGCAAAGAAAUUCCCAAAUAUGACAUGCUUAUGGACCCGGGACUGUUCACUCAAAUAUCGAGAGCUGCAAGCGCAGGUUUGCCAAUAUGCCCACUACUUUCUAUCCAUGGGAGUGAAGAAAGGCGACUUGGUUGGAUUCUAUCUUCAAAACUGCUCCGAAUUUAUCAUUGCGUGGAUUGCUCUUUGGAGCAUUGGGUGUGCGCCUGCAGCAAUCAACUAUAACCUUUCCGGGGAUGCUCUUGUGCACUGUUUGAGAAUCAGUGGUGCCAGAUUCACCUUGGUAGAUGAGGAUCCGACCUGCUGCGCUCGGAUAGAUGAAUGUCAAGCUACUCUGACUAGAGAGCUGGGAAUGACGCUGUCAGUGAUAGACGAUUCUCUCAGAGCGCAAAUCAGCACCUUUCCUACCACUUUACCACCCAAGCAUCUCGCUCUAAAUGUGACUGGUGAUUUCCCAGCCAUAUUGCUGUAUACAUCCGGAACAACUGGUAUGCCCAAAGGCUGUGCGUUUACCAUGGCUCGGAUUUACACAAAUCUGACCCUUCGCCAUGAUUCAAUGCGCGAUAAGAUUGGACCAGAUGGGGACCGCUGGUAUAGUUGCAUGCCGCUAUAUCACGGUACUGCUGCCAUAAGCAUGAUCUGCUGCAUGGUUAAAGGUGUGAGUAUUGCCUUGGCCCCAAAGUUUAGUGUGCGUAACUUUUGGAAGGAUAUCCGCGACUCCGAGUCAACAGUCUUCGUCUACGUUGGAGAAACCGCUCGUUACCUUCUCGCGCCUCCUCCCAGUGCGCUGGAUCGAGUCCAUAAGAUUCGUUGCAUGUACGGGAAUGGCCUCCGUCCCGAUGUCUGGGAACAAUUUCGUGAACGGUUCAAUGUUCCAGAGGUGGGAGAAUUCUUCAACAGCACCGAAGGAGUCUUUGGGUUAUUCAAUUAUAAUAGUGGUCCCUUCACCUCUGGUUGUGUUGGGCACCAUGGGUUGUUGAUACGAGGCCUGCUACAUAACAAGUUUGUCCCCGUCGUUAUCGACCCAGAAACCAGUGAUGUUCUCCGAGACCCAAAGACUGGUUUUGUUGUUCGCGCCACGUAUGAACAGGGCGGCGAGAUACUGGUGAAAAUUCCAGCUGAAAGAGCAUUCCAAGGAUACUGGUGUAACGAGGAUGCCACUGAGAAGAAGUUCUUGCGCGAUGUCUUUUGCAAGGGUGACUUGUAUUACCGGUCUGGUGAUGCACUGCGCCGUCAAAGCGAUGGUCGUUGGUACUUUCUAGACCGUCUCGGAGACACAUUUCGUUGGAAAAGUGAGAACGUUGCAACCGCAGAGGUAUCAGAAGUCAUCGGUAAGUUCCCAGGUAUCCAGGAAGCCAACGUGUACGGUGUCCGCAUUCCCAACCACGAGGGUCGUGCAGGUUGUGCAGCCCUCCAGAUCAGCCCUGAAGCGCACCAGUCCUUCGAUUAUACAGCUCUGGCGCGUUUCGCUCGAUAUAAGCUUCCACGGUAUGCUGUACCAAUCUUCCUUCGUGUGGUUGACAACCCAACCCACAUCCAUAAUCAUAAGCAAAACAAGGUUCCACUCCGACAGGAAGGUGUUGAUCCUGCCCUUGUGGGGACUAAGGUACCAGGCGGAGAGAAAAAUCAAUUUCUUUGGAUGAAGCCUGGAUCGGAAGAAUAUUCGCCGUUUGGAGAGGGAGAGUGGAAAGAAAUUGUGGAAGGGAGAACGCGUCUAUGA